AUAUAUGAGCAUACCAGAUUAUGCCUUCACCGAGGAAAUAAUAAAGAAAUGGCUGACUCAGCUAACUCAAUGCAAAACGGUGCCCAAAAGUUGGUCGGAAAAGUUGCCAUUGUCACCGGCGGAGCCAGCGGCAUAGGCGAAGAGACGGCGCGUCAGUUCGCCAACCAUGGUGCGCGAAUGGUGGUGAUUGCAGACAUUCAAGAUCAACUGGGCAACCGAGUUGCAGCAUCCAUUGGCUCUCAUAGAUGCACCUAUAUCCGUUGUGACGUGAGAGAGGAAGAGCAGGUGAAAGAGCUGGUGGAUUCAACGGUCAACGCUUAUGGUCAAUUGGACGUGAUGUUCAGCAAUGCCGGCAUCGUUAGUCACUCCGACCAGACAAUCCUCGACCUCGACUUUUCCCAGUUCGACCGUCUCUUCGCGAUCAAUGCCAGGGCCAUGGCGGCGUGUGUGAAGCACGCCGCGCGCUCGAUGGUGGAGCGGCGCGUGAGGGGAAGCAUAGUAUGCACAGCGAGCGUGGCGGCGUCGCAGGGCAGCGUGGGGCUCACGGACUACGUGAUGUCGAAGCACGCGGUGAAAGGGUUGGUGCGUUGCGCGAGUGUGCAGCUGGGGGUGCACGGUAUCAGGGUGAACUGCGUCUCACCGAGUGGGUUGGUCACGCCCUUGACGCGUGCGACGCACGCGACGAUGGAGAUCGAAGAGCUGCAGAAACUGUAUGAGCAGAGAUCCAGGCUGAAAGGCGUCGUUUUGAGCGCCAAACAUGUUGCGGAUGCGGUGCUGUUUCUCGCGUCCGGUGACUCCGAGUUUGUAACCGGACACGAUCUUGUGGUGGACGGUAGUUUUUCGUGUUGAGUUACGUGAGUGUUUAUUGUCUGUCUCAUCUUUUUCUCUGUUCCUUUUAUUUUGUCUGAUUGAAAAAUAAUUGUUAUUUUUCAUAGAAGUGUGUUUGAAAUUUUAUGUGUGAAAGUAAAGAUUAUCAUAAAUUGUUUCAGUAAAAGGUUGGUAAUGUAUCUUCUGUUAAUUUGUGUACUUUA